AUGAUCAACGAUCUCGAGUUCAACCAGGACUACACCCUGUUGAUGGUGGCAACGCCAACCGGAUAUACCAUCUACACCACCGAUCCUUUUGGCGAAUACUAUCUGAGUUUCAAAUCCGCUCGGCGGAAGCUGGUGGUGCUGCUGGACCUGGCGCCCGACGAUGUGGAUAUGGACGCUAGUGAGUGUCCCACAAAGUUUUUGAAGAUGCUAUUGAGUACUCUGCUUACGAUUAUUGUUCCAGAGAACGAGCCUCGUCAGGUAGAGAUCCACAAUUUGAAGCAACACGUUAAAGUGUGUACUCUACGGUUUUCCGAAGACAUUGUUGGGGUCAAGCUCAACAAAAAACGACUUGUGGUGGCUACCACGUCCACGCUUAGCAUUUACGACCUCUCCCAGGUGAAACUGGUGGGGACAAUUGCGGCCAAGUCUGGUCCGUACGACUUGGCUCGGGACGACAAAACCUUGGCUUUCGCCGUGGAGAACAUAGACAAAAAUCUGCCGAUAUGGGAGAGUGAAUUCCCAGUGUAUCAUCCCGACGGUAAGUCGUUAACGCCGCAUCAAUUGCGUAAAAAGACCGGCUAUGUUGUGCUAUAUGACACCAUAGAUAGCCGGCCACUAUUUGCAUUUAAAGCCCACGAUAGUACCAUUGGCCACAUCACUGUGUAUGGUACGAGCUCUUCGCCCAAGCUUUCCAUUGCUACGGCUCUGACUAAAGGUACAGUGGUGAGAGUUUUCACUUGGGAGCUGGGGGCGAUCACCUCGGUUCAAGCGUUUCGUCGGGGCCACAAUCCUACUGCAAUUGCUCUGUUAGUAUUCGACCAAGAAGCGGAAGUUCUUGGGUGUGCUCUGGAGAAUACCGUUCACUUGUUUGACUUGCUUGAUGGAAAUCAAGUAUCUAAGCCCGAUGACAACGAAGACGAACUCAAUGAUAAUCUCGCGAAUUUGUUAGUGGCAAAGGAAGGGAAAAAACGGCUGGUGAUGCUGGGUAUAAUGAAGAAACUUCCCUACAAGGACUUUCUUGAGCCCAAGCGAGCAUUCGCCUAUGUCCGCCUAGCUGGAACCCACGCUCGAGUGGAACUUGGGUUUAGCCAGCAACACCACCUCUACGUAGCUCUGUAUGACCAGGCGAAGUUGUUUGACUACAAGUUGCCUGAGCGAGGCGAGUCCCGCCAAGAGUGUCAUCUUGUUCUUGAGUACGAUCUAUAA